AUGUUCCCGCGCGUCGCGGGCCCCCAGCGCCUGGCGUUGGUGGCGGUUCUCGUCCUCCUGGUCUGGUGCGCGAUCGCGUGGAUGUUCCUGCCCUACGACAGCCCCUUCUUCUCUUUCUGGCGACUCACGUCAUCAAAGGUUUCUGGGACCUUUCGCUCCUCGAAUGCCGACGAACGCCUACUGCUCGAGCUGCCCGGCCAGUUCCCCUUCACGGACGAGGAGGUCGCGUACAUCGUGAAGACGGGCUACGGCACCCAGGAUCGAGUCCCGGCGCUGCUCGAGGCGUCAGGGGCCCUCAAGGCAGGGAGCGAAUACGGAGACAACAUAUUAGUCGUAGGGGACUAUGCUACAAAACUCGAGUUGAAAGGGAGGACCGUUAUCAUACACGACGUGGUUGCAGCGGCGAUCGAGCACGAGGCUGUCGCCAGGACAGAGAUCCAGAGCACAGAACGUAUAUACAAAUACGGGAAUAUGACAUUGGCGAUACAACAAGGCCGGAAGGAAGAUGCGGAACAGUCGUCCAAGGCCGUGGGGUGGGAGUUGGAUGCUCUCAAGUUCAUACCCAGUCUUGAAUUGGCGUGGAAAACCAUGCCUGGAAAGAAAUGGUACAUCAUGCAGGAUGACGAUACCUUCAUUAUUCGACCGUCGCUCUACCGAUUCCUCGAGCACCUCGACGCUUCAAAGGGGAUGUAUCUCGGCAACGCCAUCGGUGACUACAAGACCAGGUUUGCGCACGGGGGCUCGAGCUUCAUCCUCUCUCACGAGACCAUGAGAAGCUUGUUCGACGACAACCCCGAAGUCGUCUCGGAGGCUUACGUCGCAUCUGUCGACGAGACGUGGGGCGACAAGCUGAUUGCGACGACGUUGAACAAGAUCGGGGUCUAUAUUAGCGAGAGGUACGGUCACUUCUUCAACGGGGAGAGGCCGUUGAUCACAAAAGCGUCCGCAGAUCGGUUCUGCUCGCCGGUCGUCUCCUUCCACGGAUUGGCACAGCCGGCGCAGAUGAAAGAUGUCGGCAAGACGUUUGCCCAGAUCGAGGAGCCGGUGUUCUGGAAGGACCUGUGGGAAAUAUACGGGCAGCCGGACCUGGAUGCGCUCGGCAAGAACCCAAUACGGUCUGGUCAGGACCAUGUUGGCAGGCAGGACGAUAUCACCAUGAUCAACCACGCAGGCUCGGUGGACAAGUGUCUGAGCUCCUGCGUGAGCCAGCCCAAGAAGUGCCUGGCAUGGGCGUGGGAUAAGACGACGGAGCUGUGCAUUUUGAGCCCAUGGGUCGUUGUUGGGGAGGACAAGCCUCCGGAGCGUUACUCUGGGCUCAACGUAGACCAGGUGAAGAAGCUGGUGAGCCAGUGUGGCAAAUACUAA